AUGAUUUCGCGGUGGUGUGCCGAUUGUGGAUUAAGGAUUGUUCGUGAGAAGACGGAGGUGAUAUUCUUGACGGGCAAACGGAUCCCCAAGGUAAUCGAGACGAACGUCGAGGGAUACCUCCUGACGACGAGACAGGAAGUUAAAUACCUUGGGGUCCAACUGGAUUGCAAUAGAAGCUUCGGAGCUCACUUGGAAAAGGUGUGCGGGAAGGCCGACACCCUUAUGGGAGCAUUUAGGUCUUUGCUCCCCAAUAUCGACGGGCCCACUGGCUCUGUUAGAAAACUCAAUUGUAGGGUCUGGGAGUCGAUGGUGUUAUAUGCAACGCUUGUAUGGGGCAAGGUAGUAGAAAUUAAGAAGAAUAGGAACAUCUUGAAAAGGGCCCCAAGGGCUGCAUUGACAAGAGUUUCUAUGGCCUACCGUACAGCUUCCCAUGCAGCACUGUACGUGCUUAUGGGCAUUAUGCCCAUUUAUUUCACAGCUGCGCUUCGGACCGAAAAAUAUCGCAUUGGGGUGUAA